UCUGCGGUAUUCGUUGGCCGAGCUGGGGUGGGGGGGGGGAAAGCGCCGGGCAGGCGGGCGGGCCAGCGGCCUGGUGCAGACAGCGGAUCCCGGGCGGACUGACUCACGGAGUGACGGAGGGUCGCUGAUCCGAGCGUGUCAGCCCCGGCAGAGCGCAGCGCGGGUCCGCCGAGGAUCACCAUGACAUCGCGAAGGUGGUUUCACCCCAAUAUAACUGGAGUGGAAGCAGAGAACUUGCUAUUGACCAGAGGGGUUGAUGGAAGUUUCUUGGCCAGACCAAGCAAGAGCAAUCCAGGUGACUUCACACUUUCAGUGAGACGAAACGGGGCUGUUACGCACAUUAAAAUUCAGAAUACAGGCGAUUACUAUGAUUUGUAUGGCGGGGAGAAGUUUGCUACGCUGGCUGAACUGGUGCAGUACUACAUGGAGCACCAUGGGCAGCUCAAGGAGAAGAAUGGUGACGUCAUUGAACUGAAAUAUCCACUGAACUGUGCGGAUCCUACCUCUGAGAGGUGGUUCCAUGGACACCUCUCAGGAAAAGAGGCAGAGAAGCUGCUGACAGAGAAAGGAAAGCCAGGAAGCUUCCUAGUGCGAGAGAGUCAAAGCCACCCUGGAGAUUUUGUUCUGUCUGUGCGGACUGGGGAUGAUAAAGGGGAAAGCAGUGAGGGGAAACCAAAAGUUACUCACGUAAUGAUCCGAUGCCAGGAUGGAAAAUAUGAUGUUGGUGGAGGAGAAAAGUUUGAUUCCCUGACAGACCUGGUGGAACACUACAAAAAGAACCCAAUGGUGGAGACCCUGGGCACUGUCUUGCAACUCAAACAGCCACUCAAUACAACGCGAAUUAAUGCUGCUGAGAUUGAAAGUCGAGUGAGGGAACUGAGCAAGCCAGCUGAAAUGAUGGACAAGGUGAAGCAAGGAUUCUGGGAAGAAUUUGAGACACUACAGCAGCAGGAGUGCAAGCUUCUUUACAGCCGAAAGGAUGGGCAGCGGCAAGAAAAUAAAAAUAAGAACCGGUACAAGAACAUUCUGCCUUUUGAUCAUACUCGAGUGGUCCUACAUGAUGGAGAUGUGACCGAACCUGGUUCCGAUUACAUCAAUGCUAAUUUCAUUACGCACGACAUUGAGAGCAAUCGAACCACAACAAAGCCAAAGAAGAGUUACAUUGCCACGCAAGGAUGUUUGCAGAACACAGUGAAUGACUUCUGGAGGAUGGUUUUUCAAGAAAACUCGAGAGUAAUUGUCAUGACAACAAAAGAAGUGGAAAGAGGAAAAAGCAAGUGUGUGAAAUACUGGCCAGACGAGAUGUCCUUGAAGGAAUAUGGUGCAAUGCGUGUCAGGAAUGUUCGUGAGAACCCAGCACAUGACUAUAUUUUAAGGGAGCUCAAACUUUCUAAAGUAGGACAGGGGAGCACUGAAAGGACAGUGUGGCAAUAUCACUUCAAAACGUGGCCAGAUCAUGGUGUUCCCAGUGAUCCAGGUGGUGUCCUGGAUUUCCUCGAAGAAGUUAAUAUCAAACAGGAGAAUAUCCCAGAAACUGGGCCAAUCGUUGUCCACUGCAGUGCGGGGAUUGGACGCACAGGGACUUUCAUUGUGAUCGACAUCCUGAUUGACAUUAUCAGAGAGAAAGGUGUGGACUGUGACAUCGAUGUUCCAAAGAGUAUCCAGAUGGUGCGGUCGCAGCGUUCUGGGAUGGUUCAGACAGAGGCUCAGUACAGAUUCAUUUACAUGGCUGUUCAGCACUACAUUGAAACACUGCAGCGUCGGAUCGAGGAGGAGCAGAAAAGCAAGAUAAAGGCCGUGAAUACACAAACAUCAAAUAUUCCUUAUCAGAUCUGACGUGUGGAGGAGAUCAGAGUCCUUUCCCUCCCUGCACACCCAAUCCAGUGUGUACAGAGU